AUGUCUAGCGAGGAACGAAACGGAAGCAUGAACAUGGCAGGACCGUCAAAGGGAGACAAGAGGAAACGACGAAGAUGCCUGAUUGCUUGCGAGAACUGUCAACUCAGGAAGAGUCGCUGCGAUCUCUUGAGCGAGACAGGCUGUCAUCGUUGCAGCGUGCUCGACAUGCCAUGCUCGCUGGCGCAAUCUCGGGAAGGAUAUUUGGACAGUCGAAGCCUGGACGACGAUGGAGUGGAAGGUCGACAUACAGGGUUAGACAUUCCAGUCCCCAUAAAUACAACCCAGAAAACGACCUCGAAAGAGCCAGAGUGGGCCACCGUCGAUACGGGUCGGGAGGCCAAAAGGAGGCGGCUACGGGUAUCUGAGCCCGCGGAACACGCCAAACCUUCAGGUUCAGGCCGUAGACCAGACGCAGGAAAUUCGGGUGAAGAUGUACGGGAGUUACUACUCGGUCUGCAAGAGUCGAUGAUGGCUAUCAAGACCCAGACGAUGGACAUCAAAAGCAUGAUGAGACAGAACAAUACAGGGCAAGGAGGCUCCACACACACGUUCGGGUCUUACAGCUCGAGAUCGCCUCCGUCUCUCACGGACAUGGAUUACGGACCGGAAGCCUAUGUAUCGCCGAAUUCCGCUGCAGAGAUUGCUACACGGCAAGACGCGAUGUAUGGACCGGCCUAUCUCAGGAGCCCGUUGGCACAGGUCUUUCGGGUCGUCCAGCCAUGCCGCGCUGGGUUCGUAGACCCGGUGCACAUCGGACUGGUUACCGAGAGCGAAUUUCAAGCGGCCUAUCGAACGUUUAAGCAGGCUUUCGUACACACGUUGCCCUCGCUUCGGGUUUACCCAGGUCAGGACGAUUCGGUCCCGACCCACCCAUUCCUUCGGUGUGCGAUCAUCUACUAUGUGACCCGUCUCCCUAGACCGUCGAACCUGUUCGAUCGUGCAACCUGCGCCUCGGUGGACAGGCUCGUGGAUCGAUCAUGGCUCGCUAUCAACGCGCCUAGUCCCGAGAUUGACACGAUCGAAGCCCUCUUGAUCAUCGCCAGUGCUCCCUCCAAACCUGUUCUUAAUGGUCACGUUGGUGCCGGCGAGUUGGAACUAAAUGGGGACAGAGGCAUGUCGAUGACGGCCUAUCAUUUAGCCCUGCGAUUGGGUCUGAACGAUGAUGUCCGGAGAGUUUCCAACAAUAUGGGAACGGCUGAAAAUAAUCAAUCGGAUUACUGGCCAGCGAUUAAUCGAUUAUGUUUGUGGUUUAGCGUCGUUCACCAACACGCUUGGACAACAAUGCAGUCUGGCGCCGGAUCGACGCUCGAACACGUCUAUCUCGACGAUGUUGUCACACCUCUAAACUUUCGGCAACACCAUAACAUAUGGUAUAAGCACCUUGUAGCAGAAUCCCGUCUACUCCGCUUGGUCCGCCCAAUUUCGCAGCUACUAGAUGCGCUGAGACAGUCUUCUACCACAUGGGACGACGGCACUGUCGCCCGUCUGGAACACUUGUUUGCCGAGCUGAGGGUCGACUUGGGGACUUGGCGAGACAUGUGGUUGGAAUCAGGUUCGCCCGCCCUCGAUCAUCUCCGAUUAAUGUCGCAUAUAUUGCCACUGGCGCUCGCGGUCAAGACAAACCUUGAAUUCGAUCUUGCAAUGCAUCCACCCGUACAGUCGGACCAAGCCUUUCAAUAUAUCCGACGGAUCGCAGGCAUGAUGGCUCAGAAGUCUUGCGAUCUUGUGCGGGAAAUAGCCACAUCGUCGGUAGACUUCUCCCGCCAACCAGGGCACUGCCUGACAUUCGCGCUCUUCGCAAUCGCCACCGUUCUUCAGAUGCACGCAGGUUCAUCAGACUUGCCAGUCGGCCUCGUGCAGGAUCUGAACAAAGCGGUCGCGACAAUCUCCGAAGCGACACCGCAAGUCAUCUCGACGUUGAAGGGUCUCAAGCACCCUCUGCCGAAUUGCCGAAUCUGGGUAGAUUCGCUACGGCUACCUGGACCGGCUCAUCACGAUCGAAUGAUACAUGCAGCAACGCUGCAGAGUGCGGAAAACCUCUCGUCCGAUAUAUUCGCCGACGUGUCCUUGAUGCUGGGCAUGGACUGGGCCGGCUUGAUGAACAACUAUCAGUUCAACGAACCGUCGGGCUCUCUGGAUAUAUAG